AUGGCAUACGCCUCAUUGUCACUGACCUUCUGGCACCGCAAUCACUCCACUACAGUCAGCGACGUCUUUGAUAGUGACGCCGAUAAUGUCUCCGUCAAAGCCAUACCUAUACUGUUUCUCGGUUCAUACUUCCUCGGACUAGCGGCCAUGAGUACGUGGGCAUUAUGCGCCACCAAGAUACCGUCCUGGAGCUCAAGCCCUCUCGAUACUGCACUUGCCGCUAUGCGAGCCGGCAACAUCGCACCACAAGGCUUUCGCUGCAUGCGAAGUGUGCACGACCAGCGUCAACCAUCCGUACCCGCAUACCCUCGAACCAAACAGAAAGGAGCAUGGAGCGCACACUGGGAGGUACUAUGGGUGAUACUGUUGCUCUGGAUCCUGGUCAUACUUUGCUUCAUGUGGGCAGCCGUGGUCGGCCAUCUCUUCGCUCUCGUCAACCCGGAAGUUGCAGGUUUUGGUGGCUGGCCUCUGGUGCCGAACAGAAAUUCCUCGCAGCUGUCUAUCACACCGUCUUUCUCGAAUUCAUACGCCAACUCACUAGAGAUCAUCCUCUUGUAUGCGCUCGUGCAAGGUCCUCUGACAUUCGGCCUACAUUGCGCAGAACUGCAAAUGAAUCUGGCUCGUGACGAGGCGUUUUGGCGCAAGGCUUCCAGUAAGAAAGGAUGUAAGCUCCAGGACUACGACUCUGUCAAGACAGCCUUCACGAGCUGGCAGUCUCUCUGUCUCUCCGCAUUCAAGCCGGUGGUACACUGGGUCUUCGGUCUCUCAGUGCAGAUCUACAAUGGCAAGAUCUUCUUCGGACCAGCUCAGAUAGUGUAUCUGGCUCUUUUGGCCACCAUUUGUGCAACUCAAACGAUCGUCGAUCUUGUCGACGACUGGUCGGCGACACUACACUGGGGUCACAAGAACGAUGGGUAUCAAGCUGCUCAUGCUGGUACAUCACAAUUCCCGCUGCCAGACGUGAAGCCAGUACCGUGCUGUGGUUGA